UUUUUAAUAGACACCGCCAAAUAACAGAAAUCUUGUACGAUUUUUCAGCUUGAGCUUGGGAAUAAUUGUUUCUAGUUACUGGAAAUAGUAAAUCAGAUGUUUCUCUGCUACAGUAUGGCCAAAGCUGUUUACAAAUUCCUAUUCAUUUUUGGUUUUGUAUCAUUACUUCAUGGCGGAUAUUCAGCUGCUCAACAUCGACGCUUCAUUAGAAUUACUGAGCAAGAGUAUUCAACAUUACCUACUGAUGUGUUUGUCCAGUGCCUUGUGAGCCUCAUUGUGACAAUGUAUGGAGUUGUUCACAUUGUUGGGGACUUUCGAGAGAUCAGAGCAAACAUUCAGCUAGAAAACAAGACGUGGGAGACUGCAGGUAACCGACCCUCUUUCUACAUCUUCAGUCACAGAGGAAGGAAUUUAAGUCCAAACUAUAGUGCCUGUGAUGGAGCUUACGGCAACUAAGAGCACAGGCUGAGAUAUCAACAUUCUGUGUAAUGAUUUUUAGAAGAUCUUUGUUGUGAGACUUUUCAGCUGUAAAUAAGAAAGUGAUGACCAUGGCCCUUGUCUCUGCAUGGCUAUAGUAGCUGAAGUUGAUGCACAUACUUCAGCUACUAUAUUAUUACCUAUAUUACAAAGUAACACCAACAACUUCAUUGUUGGUGUUACUUUGUAGUCAAUUUUGAAACAAUUGCAUCUGGUUUGCAACCAGGCCUGGACAGAGAUAUCCCUAGUCCGCUGCAAAAUAAUGAUCACUUAAUAUUAGUGUUUAUCCUCUUAUUUUGAUGUCCUUCAUUGCUAUUUUCUUUGUUGUUGAGAUGAAAAAGACAAAUUAAUUUGUGUUUGCCAUUCUUGUUAUAUCUCUUUGCAUGGUAUUGGAUGCUGUGGCAGGUCAAGCAUUGAGUUCAGUUAUUUUAAUAAUCAAUCGUGAAACUAACCUGUAUUUGUCAUCAAUGUUCAACUUGCCAAAAACUUAUUCUAAUGUGGCAGUAGGAACAAGAUUAGUCAAACUCGAGUCAAUAGUUGCAUUUUUUCAUUUAAAGUGUUGUUCUAUACUAAAACCAUAAUUUGUAAGUUUUCAAUACAUAAAACAUGUUGGUGAAGGAGAAUCGAUGUAUUAAAAUUA